GACGCCAGUGUUAUGUUUCUGCUGCUUCUGCUGGGCUGGCUGGAAGACGUGAAACGACGGUGAUGGCUCAAAUAUUGUCACAAUACUGUUGCUUCGACAUCGUUUACUUUGUAGCAAGCCUAUAACUCAGCGCAUCGAUUUAUUCUCUCAUCAAAUUCAAGGUGAAUCAACGACAUGGCAAACUCAGAAAGUGAAGAUUUUGAAAGUGCGGAUGAAGAGGUCAUGAAGCCUUUGGAAUAUCAGGACCAGAGUCAUCAGAAGUGUAGAACUCCGAGUCCUGAAAAACAUGAAGCUUCUCCUCCUCGGCCUGCUUCUCAAGAAACUGCUUCCCUGCCAUCAAGCACAGCCUCACCACCUUCUGCGACUGCCCCAAACCCAGAUUCUCUUGGAGCUAAGCCGAAAAUGCCACUUAAAAGUAAAACUAAAUCCCAGUCCAGACACAGACAUAAAGACUCAGAAGAUGUAGGAGUAUCAAACACUAGCCGUCCAAAUCUUGUUGAUGGUGGUCAGAAAAAAAAAUCUGGCUCUGGCAAGUUGGGAGUAAAAAUCACACCAUCAAGUAUAUUGCCAAGUGAAAUUGGUGCCUUAGAUAAAAAAGAAUUCCAUGAGAAGACAAAAGUUUCGUGGAGUGAUAAUGGCUCUGCUGACCAUGAAGAGAUCAACGACUCCAUCAGACCUCUUCUAGACAAGCUAUCAUCUUUGGAUGUGGUGGACACACCUGAUCAGGCCACUGAUUCUACAGCUGAGAAGCAUGGAAGUGGUUGGGGUUCAUGGGGACAAUGGGGAAUGAGUACAAUCAUGUCUGGGGCAUCGUCUGUCUCAAGUCAUGUCACACAGGGCUUGUCAACUGUAUCAUCAGUCAUAGAGUCAGGGCUUGGUGCUGAAGAUCCACAAGAAAUGGCCAGAAUUAGUGUUGAAACUGACAAAUCAAUGAACCUUAAAGGUGAAGAAACUUGUGCGGCAGGACAGACUGUAUCUGGUUUCAAUGUGAUGGGAAAUGUUCUUAAAUUUGUGGAGUCAACAGGAGAAAUGAUUGUUACGAGUGGACUGAACACACUUGAGUCUCUUGGGAAGAAGACAAUGGAUGUUUUACAGGAAGGCGACCCAGGACUCAAGAAGAAGCGUGCUCUUUUCUCUAGGGAACCAGAUAAACCGACUUUGUCACAGGUCUUGAAAGAGGCUCGUGGUAGGGCUGAAAUUGAAGACAAAGAAAGAGCUGAGGCUAAGCAUGCAUCAAGAGCUCGCUUUGAAACACUUUUUGAUGAUUACAGAGGCAUGGUUCAUUUGGAAGCUCUUGAAAUGCUUUCAAAUACGUGUCAAAUGAAGCUGGAGGCAAAGCUUGUUGCUUUAUCUGGUACUCCACUUGUCGAGUUUCAACGAAAAUUAAUACAGGUGAAAGAACAGUGCGAUAUUCCAGAUGAUGAGGAUGAUGAUGAGGAUGAAGACCGAGGUUCGAUUGAAAUACUGGAAAGGGAUUUAACAGCCGCAAUGAGAGGCCUCAUGGUACCUGUGCCCCACACCAAACUUAUUAGGGUUUGUGAAGAUACUGACACUUGGUUAGCAACAAUGAGAUGUAUUCAAGAUGACGAUACACAAACUGAAAAUGAUGAUUGGGUCGACGAAGAAGACAUGGCAGAAGACUCAGACCCGCAGAAUGGAUUGAGAGACAUUCACCAACAAGCUAUACGAGCAUUAGCUCGCUUUACUGCUGCAGUUGCUGAACAUUUUCACAAGACAGCCGAGCUGCUUCUACUAAAAGAAGAACAUAACAGUCAAAUUGAAUCUCAGUGUGUUGUAAUGAUGACAUCAGUGCUGUGUUCCCGAGUAAGCUCUGUUGCAGCCAGAUUUUCUGAGCUACUUAGUGCUUCAGCGAAUAUGGUUGACUCAGCUCAGGUCGACCAUAACGAUGUCAAUCUUCUCAUCACUAAUGUAUUUUUGGAGGCCUCAAACAGUAGCUCCUACAUACAGGACGCUAGUUUACUUUUAAUACCAGUCCUUCAGCUUGGAGCAGUUCAAUGAUACCACGCACAACUCACAUGCAAAGAUUUGUAUGUGAUCCCAAUUUAUGAAGAUUUUGUCCUUUUUUACCCUGAGUACUUCAAGAAACAUACGCAGGAGCUAGCAAAAUGACUCGAGUAACAUAGAAAUUAAGUGCUGGAGCAGAAACUUUGUAAUAAUGUUCAGGAUAAUAAUGUUUUUUUUUCAUUUAAAUUUGUCAAAUUUGGAUCAUGUUCUCUUUUGCAUAUGAAGAUAUUUUUUUAUUAGUCAACUUGCUUUAUUACAGAAACAAAGGAUGUUUUGUUUUCAUCAAUUAUUUGAUUCACACAGUCUUGUUGUAUGAACAUUCUUAGUGCUAGCUUAAUGAUGGAUUUAUUUUUGCGUGCAUCAUUUGAUGGUGAGGGCUUACUGGCUAUUCAUAUCGACAUUGUUUUUUUUCUGUGUUUGACUGACCAUAAAUUUCAAGUCGUGAGUUAAGUAUAUAGGAUGGAAUUGUUUUUGUUAUCAGCGGGGGUUUUAUCUAUCUACCCUAUCUUAUCCAAAGAAACCUUAGGAAUCUAUUUCUUAUAAAUAUGUAUCUUGCAAUUGCAGUAAAUAUGUACAACCUUCCCAAAGUUGUGCUUUGUCUCAAUUUCUAUGUUCAUAUAUUUCCAUUCAAUGAUUGAGGAUGUGCAUCUUCAAUUUGCAUUUCUCCAUUUUGAAAAUGUUGUUUUUUUUUACAUCACAUUUCAAAUGUAUUUGCUUGGUGUUACUUUUUUACCCAAUUGUAAGAGUAUACUUUUAUAUUAAAAAGGAAAUAAUUUUGAGUGUGUUGAGGGUUUGCAUGAUUUUACUGCUGGAACAGUUGAUAAGUAUAUUUUGUGUAUUGUGCAGUUUGCAGUAAUUUGGUUAGGUGUUUCUCAUUUUCCAAGGGCAACUUGACUAGAAUAACAAUAGCUAUGUGUAACCAAUUUUCUAUCAAUACUAUUCUUGUUAAAGCAUUUGUAAUUUUCUGACCACUGUCAAUUUUAUAUUUAAUCCAAAUUCAAUGGUAGAACCUUUGUCGUUCCUUCUGUUUUGUAAAUGUCCUCCACUUUUUAUCACACUCUGAAUCUAACAAUUUCCAAAGUACACCACUAGAUCCAGUGUGUGCUUAGUACACUCUGUACUCGUGAAGCAUGUUUUGACUGGAAUGUGCUUUGCAAAUGAGAUCAGUCAGGUACACUCCCACUGUUCUUCUAUGAGAGUGUUUGUUAAGGCACAUUUUGUACAAUGUGUAUUGUAUGAUGUGUGCAGUAAUUUCAAGUUACAUUCCUCCAUUUAUUUUGUACAUGACCGCAUAGAGGAAAUUUGUAAUUCUAGAUUCAAACAGUGUAGCUGUACUGAUCAUGUUAGUAGAUUUAAUGGGCUAAUUAUGCUCUAGAAUCAUACCACUUUGGUAGGAUGCAGAAUUUGUUUACUUAUUUAUUUUUGUAAUUUCACAUUUGUGUUUAUUCUGUUAUCAUUAAAGUUAAUACUUCUUGUUU